UGUCACUGUGUCUAUUCUAGCAAAAUGGCUACCCUAACGGAAGAAGAAGACGUUCAAGAGAGAGAGGAUCAGUUCGUUACUCACCAGCAGAGGUGGGCAACCAAAGUGAGGAGGAGAUCCUCUGACAUGAAAAGCUUCGUAUCUGAUAAACUGGAGCUGGCGGACAAUCCUAAAAUCACAGCUAUCCUGAAUAAAAACGGUGAGAAUAUGGUGAUGUUCUCAGAUGUUGUUGUUAAAGUUAGCAGAAGAGGACGACUGAGGGAAUGGUGUAUGAUGAUAACCGAUGGUAGUUUGUAUCUAUUGGAAGUUAAUUCAAUAAAGGUACAGCACAGAGUAUCAUUAGCUGAUGUGAGUCACAUUAGUGCUAGUCUCCUACCUGAUAACUUCUUCAUUAUACAUGUACCUGCUGAUCAGGACAGGCUCUUCAUUAGCGCGAGGAAGACUGAGAUAGUGACGUCACUAAGGAUUGCUUACUUUGACAUGACAAAACAAGAAUUGAAUAUAUCACUACAGAACAGUAUUGAUUAUAAAGUUGAUAGAGAUCAAGUGAGACGAGUUGAAUUCACUCAAGGAGACAAUGGUGUUUAUACAAGAUUGUUUGCAAGGAAAAUAAAGAAUUAAUAAUAACAUUAUAAUGACAGUAAAUACACUGUGUGACUCUGUGUGUAUAAUCAUUUUAUUUCAUUUAUUUAAUUAUUACUUUUUGU